CUUAGUAUUGGCAGUGAGAACACUGAGGAAAGACUUGUCUCGUGGAGAGUGAAUGAAAGGAACCCAGAUGAAGAAGAAAACACAUGUCCAACAGGCAAAAACUACAAUCACAGACAAGAGAGACAAGAGACGUGAAAAGCAGUUUCAUGUCAGAGAGGACACACACUCAGACUGAAAAAGAAAGUUUUAGAGUUGAAUGACAGUAAGUUGCUGGAGGAGAGGGUAAGGAAACAUCUGGAUGAUCUCUGGAGAUGGCCUCCAACUUCAACGACAUUGUCAAGCAAGGCUAUGUGCGCAUGCGCAGCCGAAAACUCGGGAUUUACCGCCGUUGCUGGUUAGUUUUUAAGAAAUCGUCUAGCAAAGGACCUCGUCGAUUGGAGAAAUACCCUGAUGAGAAGUCUGCCAACAUCAGAGCCUGUUCUAAGGUGACAGAAAUCAGCAGUGUUAAGAGUGUCACACGGCUUCCUCGGGAUACCAAGCGACAGGCAGUGGCCAUUGUACUAACUGACGACACCUCACGCACUUUCACUUGUGAAUCAGAACUGGAAGCAGAAGACUGGUUCAAGACACUGUCAAAUGAAUGUCUGGGAACGCGGGUCAAUGACAUCAUCAUGGGAGAACCAGAUCUCCUGGCAGCUGGGAUGCAAUGUGAACACACAGAGCGCUUUAAUGUCUUCCUCCUACCUUGCCCCAACUUGGACAUCUAUGGAGAAUGUAUGAUGCAGAUCACUCAUGAGAACAUUUACCUUUGGGACAUUCACAACCCCCGCACCAAGCUGGUCACCUGGCCACUCAGGUCCUUGCGUCGCUAUGGACGUGACGCCACCUGCUUCACCUUUGAGGCAGGAGGGUGUGACAGCAGAGAAGGUCUCUACACUUUCCAGACCAAAGAAGGAGAGCAGAUCUAUCAAAUGGUUCACUCUUCCACGGUAGCAAUUGCUGAGCAACACAAGAAGGUUCUGCUGGAGAUGGAGAGAAAAAGCAGAUUGAUGUUUCGAGGUUCAGAAUCAAACUCCUACCCGUCGACCCCAACUACCAUACUGCCCAGAUCGGCCUACUGGCACCAUAUCACUGGAACUCACGUUGACAUGGACUCUGUAGGCGGUAACGCCUCAGAAGAGCUGCUGCUGUCAGCUUGUCUUCCGACGGAACGCUACGCAUCUCUGCCACUUGAAAAUAUGCAUGCACAGUCCCAGCCACAUAUACGCGCACAUUUUACGACACUUUGCACUUUCCCUGGACAGUAACACAUUAGGAUUCAAGAAGGUUGAUAGUGAAUUCUGCAUUGAGAGACCAGACAUACAGAAGAACAUGUUUCUCUCUGACAAGACACACCGUGUAGUGAGGGUCAAGAAUAAGACUACAAUUUUAAGAAAGAUGCCUAAAGUAUUAAUAAUUAAAUUAACCCUGUAAGCAGUGCUAAUAUUCAUAAAAUUUGAAUAAAUAGGAGUGUAAAGAUAUGGUGUAUUUUACAAUGCAGAACUUUAAUUUUGGUACAAAAAUGUACUGAUUUCCCACAUAGCACACAUUAAGUGAGGAACAGGAAGUGUUUAUGGCAUCAUACGGUCUCUGUAAAAAAAUACAAUAUAGUCUUGCAGUG